CGUCACUUGAACGCCACAGCUUCCGGUAUAUAUCCUACAGACUGCCAUAUUGAACUUCUUCAAGGGUAUCUGAAGUCGCCAGGCCAGCCAACAUGUACCGGUUCGCUAAAGCUGUAGCUAACGUCAGUGGCCAGGCUGUUCGGCAAGUGAGGCACGGAUCAACAGCUUCUCAGAACUUCCAUAGCAAGUAUGGCAUGGGUGUGCUGGUCAGUGGAACAGCCUUCUGCACCAUUGUUUGGGGAUAUGUACUGACUCAGACUGGAAUCGUCUGGAAUCUGUCCCCAGUCAAUAAGGUGAUGCCCAAACCAUGGAGGGAGGCAGAGGAGUGACGAGCCAACAUGAUGAAGCUCAAACCCUAAUUGUAUAGAUGGAUAACCAUUAUCUGUGUUCAGAUGGUGGAUUGCUGUGUUUAUUCCAACAUCCUAUUUUGUCCAAAUAAAAUGAUUCCACUGGUCUGCCA